CACUGCAAAGACUCGUCCAAAUGCGCAGCAGGCUGUGCAGUGUGAUCUCGUAAUGGCCACCGUAAAUACUUGAUCCUGAUCAUUCGAUAUUAAUGACGAACCUCUGAUAUCUCGCCCUCGUCGAGCUUCUUCUGCCCCUCCUCGUACCAUUCCUGAAGCCUUUACUCACUCGCCGUCAUUAUGCUUUGGAGCUUAAUGAUUGGCUCAUGCAGACCCACUUGUCUUGUGAAAAAACCUUCCAGCUGUUAGGGCUUGCCAAGUUGGUUGCCCCGCGGCGCCGCUUCUGCCUUUCACCCCACCCCACCCCUCCUUCCUCUGGCUCGCCUUUUAAAUCUCCUCCUCCCACCACUUCCCUUGGAUUUUUUCUUUCUCUUCCCUCCUCGUCUCGCAUACCCGGUUCAAGCAUCCGAUCUGCGAUUUUGUACGUGUAACCCUUCAAGGCCUUCCAUCAAGAACACCGACAAGAUCUGUCGCUUUACUGCAGGCUCUUGGAACAUCUUCUUGAUAAUCGCCUGGCCUCCUCUCACUGCCUCUCCGGCCGCUGACCUCUUCACAGCACGUACAUCAAAAACCUUAUCACAAACCAUUCACAACCGUCAAAAUGGGUAAGGAGGACAAGACUCACCUUAACGUCGUCGUCAUCGGCCACGUCGACUCUGGCAAGUCGACCACUACCGGUCACUUGAUCUACCAGUGCGGUGGUAUCGACAAGCGAACCAUCGAGAAGUUCGAGAAGGAAGCCGCUGAGCUCGGUAAGGGUUCCUUCAAGUACGCCUGGGUUCUUGACAAGCUCAAGGCCGAGCGUGAGCGUGGUAUCACCAUCGAUAUCGCUCUCUGGAAGUUCGAGACUCCUCGCUACUAUGUCACCGUCAUUGACGCUCCCGGUCACCGUGAUUUCAUCAAGAACAUGAUCACUGGUACUUCCCAGGCCGAUUGCGCCAUUCUCAUCAUUGCCGCCGGUACUGGUGAGUUCGAGGCUGGUAUCUCCAAGGAUGGCCAGACCCGUGAGCACGCUCUUCUUGCCUACACCCUCGGUGUCAAGAACCUCAUCGUCGCCAUCAACAAGAUGGACACCACCAAGUGGUCUGAGGCCCGUUACCAGGAAAUCAUCAAGGAGACCUCCUCUUUCAUCAAGAAGGUCGGCUACAACCCCAAGGCUGUCGCUUUCGUCCCCAUCUCCGGCUUCAACGGUGACAACAUGCUUACCCCCUCCACCAACUGCCCUUGGUACAAGGGUUGGGAGCGUGAGAUCAAGUCCGGCAAGCUCACUGGCAAGACCCUCCUCGAGGCCAUCGACUCCAUCGAGCCCCCCAAGCGUCCCGUUGACAAGCCCCUUCGUCUUCCCCUCCAGGAUGUCUACAAGAUCGGUGGUAUUGGAACGGUUCCCGUCGGCCGUAUUGAGACUGGUGUCAUCAAGCCCGGUAUGGUCGUUACCUUCGCUCCUUCCAACGUCACCACUGAAGUCAAGUCCGUCGAGAUGCACCACGAGCAGCUCACUGAGGGCCAGCCCGGUGACAACGUUGGCUUCAACGUGAAGAACGUCUCCGUCAAGGACAUCCGACGUGGUAACGUCGCUGGUGACUCCAAGAACGACCCCCCCAUGGGUGCCGCUUCUUUCACCGCUCAGGUCAUUGUCCUCAACCACCCCGGUCAGGUCGGUGCUGGUUACGCUCCCGUCCUCGAUUGCCACACUGCCCACAUUGCCUGCAAGUUCGCCGAGAUCCAGGAGAAGAUCGACCGCCGAACCGGUAAGGCUACUGAGUCCGCCCCUAAGUUCAUCAAGUCUGGUGACUCUGCCAUCGUCAAGAUGAUUCCCUCCAAGCCCAUGUGUGUUGAGGCUUUCACUGACUACCCUCCUCUGGGUCGUUUCGCCGUCCGUGACAUGCGACAGACCGUCGCCGUCGGUGUCAUCAAGGCCGUCGAGAAGUCCUCUGGUGCUGCCGGCAAGGUCACCAAGUCCGCUGCCAAGGCCGCUAAGAAAUAAGCAACUUAUUUCUGAAAUGACAACCUUCAGUGGGAUCUUACGACUUCGAUCUCACGCCCAAGGGCUGAUGUACUCGCUUCUACGACGAAAUGAUCAUGUUGGCAUGAGCACUCGGCUUUUGUCUGGGGGCACAUAAUGAGAGGCAAAGAAAAAAGGCCAGGAUCUCGGUUGUGUGCAAAUCAAAAAAAGAAUAGAGAGUCUAGAAGUGAUUCGUGCAAAAAUUUCUUGUUCCUACCAAUGAUGCUUGUGAUGCGAUGUGUGACUGCUUCAAAUGAAGCUUUUUGUGAAGUGUCUCGCGUUCAAUUGAAUGACCUGGGCUAUCGUAAGCAGCAUACUCGACACCUGAAGGGCCAGUAGCGCGUACAGGCGGGAUGGUUCAGUGCUUGGGGCGAUCACAGCGAUGCAGUGUGCGCUGUACCGCUAUGUUUGUCUUGUUGAUGUCCCGAUGUCCGUUGUAUUUUGGUGUGACUAAUGAUACAUACUGCCCCUUUCUAUACAUUCGUCUAAUAAUGGUGCUACUUACAUAACUAUGAUACAUAUGCUGUUUAAUAUACAAUAUUAUCUCUUCCUUUUCUUUUCU